AUGAGGACCGGCUUCCGGAACCACGGCUACUACGGCCAUGCUUUUGUGGGCGCCCGCCUGCUUUCGGCCAUUGCCCUCCUCGCCAUCAUCGGCUUGGUUGCCGGCUUCACAUCCCAAAUCAACAAGGCCAGCCUUGCGCCACCCGUACAGCUCACAGGCGCCAUCAUCGUGAGCGCGGCCGCGUUGCUCUGGGUCCUUCUUUCUUUCACGGCUUACGACGACACUCACAUACCUUACAUGGCCACGGCCAUCGUCGACGCCGUCUUUCUGAUUCCCUUCGUUAUUGUUGUCAUUGUCCUCGGCGGACAACUGAGCCAGACCGAGUGCUCAACUCUUCCUGAGGCUGGCGAUGGGACUCUACUGCAAUUGGAUCCGGCCGACGGCGCCGUGAACGGAACGCUCUCUUACGUCACAUUCAUCGCCUCGGAUCGCAUGACCUGCUACAAGCUGCAGGGCACAUGGGGACUGUCUAUUGCCCUGUGCAUCUUGUUCCUGCUCUCUGCGCUGGCAGCGGCCUUCUUGUUCAUGGGGAAGCGGAAGAACGGCUACAAGGGGAGGUUCUUUGGAAAGAACAGCGCCCGGUAUGGCGAUAAGUAUGGCGCCCCUUGUUGA